UCUUUUAUUGCGUAAUAUUACAGCAUAGGUUGUUAACAAGAUCAAUUUGUAGUCUUGACAUCUUAAGGCUUCAUUUGAUCUACAUACUUUGCACUUCAUUUCGCGUAUUACGUUUAUUUCAGUCUAUAUUCAAGUGCCAGACUGUUAUGAGCUCCGCAGCUCACAGUCAUGGUUCACUUAAAUAUUUUGAUGAACUGUUCUGUACAAGACGAAUUGUUGUUUAAUUUAACAUAUAACGAGUUAAAUAUUACGACAACAAAAAGUGAACUCACCAAAGCAGUCGGUUUCGGAACUGCCACUGGAAUUUUGGUAUCUUUAAUAAUUAAUAUUAUUUUGAGUUUACUGUAUUCCAGAAGGCAGAAUAUAGAUUUAAAUACACAAUUUAUUAAUAAGAAAAUAGUUUUAAGGUCUAUUGGAAUAAUAUCAUUAGUAAUUUUGUUACCAACGUUGUUAGUAUUGUUACUUAUAGCUGUGAUAUAUAAGUUCUUAUACUCAAGAUUGAUUAAAAAGAAAGACAAAUAUUUUGUAAGCUUCCUAGAUAGUUUUGAUGUCUUCUGGAACUUGGAAGGAGACUCUGUAAUUAACAUUUUAGGUGUUAUAGAAUCAAAAUCGUCGGAAGCCCUUGUUGAGAAUAUAAAGAAUAAACUACAAAAUCUUAUUCUCAAUAAAACUACUGAUAAGAUUUUUUAUAGGAAAAAUGAAGACUACGGAUUCUAUUAUUGGCGGAGAUACAGUAAAAUUGAUGUAAGCGAAUAUGUUGAAAUCAUUGAACUUUCAGACAAAUAUGAACAUGGUAUGAAUGAUUUAGAGGAGUUAAUGUCAGAUUUGGCAAAUCAAUCGUUACCUUACAAUAAUGAAGGACUAUUUAAAAUUUUAAUAACGAAGCAAAGAAUUGGAAAUUAUAAUGACGAAAGAGGAGAGUAUGCAAUAAUAUUUAGAAUACACCACUCUGUCGGUGAUGGUGUAGCGCUUAUUGAUUUUUUAUGUGAAUCUCUAGCUGAUAAGUCAGACAGCCAAGCAGCGAAAACUUUUGUUAUGCCCAAGAUUGAAUAUAACACUCCUAGUGACUUAAUAAAUAUGAUAAGAAAACUGUGCGCCAUACCUUUAUGUAUAGUAGAUCUUAUGUUAAGAAAUGCAGAUAAUAACACACUCCAUGGUCCUACACUGCUUGGAAUAAAAAGAUUUAAAUGGACAAAUUCCGAUGAGAAUAUUCUAACAAUGAUAAAAGGAAUAAAAGACAAUGUUAAUCAACUUACCUUUUCAGAUAUUUUAGUAGCAGCAUUGUCUGGAGGUUUAAAUAAUUAUUUUAAGAAGACUAUGGCUCCUGUUCCAGAAGAUGUAGCAGUUAUUAUACCAGCUAGAAUCCCUAAAACAAAUUUUCAUAAACAACAUUUUACAAAUGAUUUCACUGUAUCUAUAUUGGAUGUGCCAGUAAAAGAAGGAAAUUUAAACGAUAUUAAAGAAAGAUUUAAGAAGUUACGGGGUGGCGUUGAAUUUCAGACAAAUCAUUAUUUUCUUAAGUUAGCGAAUAUUCUACCUAAGCAAAUUCUGGAGCCUAUGUUCUACAGUAGUCACGCGACUGUCGUCUUAAGUGGCAUGCCAGGACCUGAAUGUUUAAGUAUUUGUGGGGGUAAUGUCCUAAAGAGAUUAGUAUUCUUCGUACCACACAAAGGGACAACAGGCGUAGGGGUAACAGCUUUCUGCUAUGGUGGCGUACUUCGGUUAGCAGUAUCAGCUGACAAAGCAUUGAUGCCAACAUCAGAACACUUGAGUUUUAUUCUUAAUGGCAUGGUUGAUGAGAUCAAACGGCUUCAUGCACAUUAUACGAGAAUGUAAACACGUAUGCGUGAUACGUACUUGGCUUGAAUAUGGCGUUUCAGUAAAAGAUAUGGAGAUAGCCAAUUUUGCCAUUGAUGUUCUUGCUUAAAUAAAUUAUACGAAUAUAUUAUUAAUAAUAAGAUUUACGAUCUAACAAUUUCUAAAAUUGCAUCAGUCAGAUGUAAUAUGCAAACUCAAAUAUCACGCCGUUUAUACUCAUGUAUGCAUGUUUUAAAUAUUUAGAAAUAAUUAAUUUUUAUUCUACAAAUAAAAUAAUCUACGAGGUCUGUCCGGAAAGUUCGUAUAAAAGUGUUCUGGAAUGCGAGAAAGAGGAGUGGGGAGGCCAGGUAAGCGCAGGACCCCUUCCUUAUGUCCCUAAAAAUGCUUCAGUUUUGGUCUGACCGCCGUGCGGUGCGAACUGGCUUGUC